AUGUUUGAUCUACCUGAUGCUAAACGGGUCCGCCGUGAUGAGGUCCAAUCGCCUGCCUCUUCUCGUGAACCAUCCCCGGUUGAUGAGACCGACCUGCAAGACGCUCACGCUCGACUGGGCAAGCUCCUGGAUCUCGAUGGACUGAUUGGAACGAAUACAGCUGCCGAGCAAGAUAACAAUGUAGCAAUGCAGCCUGCCGACGAGAACAAUGACGAGGAGGAGCAGGAAUUCGAGUUCCGCCUGUUCAGCGCCCCCACAAAGCCGAAAGACGCUACGCUAAAGGACCAAGAAAAAACAGACGGAGACCGUAUAAGCUCAAAGGGAGACAAGGCAUCAGGAAAGGAUACCAAGGAUACCACUGCAGGGACACAAAAGCUCCGCAUUCGAUUGCGGUCCCCUUCUCCCUCCGGAGACCCCUCCGAGGGGCGGUUCGUCAAGGCCUUCCGUGGAUGGCAGUACUACUUCUCAACACCUACUCUCUUUGGAUUAGACGAGAAUGAUGCGGCGAAAGAGACGAUAGCCGAGCAAAGGCGCCAAUUCGAAGAUAUGGCCGUCACAGGCGAGCAUAUCACAACCUGGGCCAAGGCUCAACCAUGGCCCGGCUGUGAUUUACCUUGGCGGGUUAUCCACCUCAAGCGCCAUCAGACCAAGCUACCUCCCUCCUCGAAAGACAUCCCAGUCUACGUGGUGGAGGGUGCUCCCGUAUCCAAGUCCCCAAUCACACGCAAAAAGCCCGGCAAGAAACGCCGCGUUCAAUUGCGUAAGAAGGUUGCUGCUGCGGUGGCAGCUAAAGAGUCGGAAGCUGAAAAGAGGAAUCGCAAGAAUCGGGAGCGCAAGAUUAAGCGUCGGCAAAAGGCUCGUGAGCAGAAGGCUGCUGCGGCUGGUGCUGGUGGUGAUGGGGAUGUUGCCAUGGUAGAUGGAGAUGGUGACUCGUCUGGAGGUGACGAGUAG